UGGGAGGGUGGUGCGUGGCUGCGGCGCGUGGCUCGUGGCUGGGCAGCGCGGGGUCGCGCGGCGGGUGCUCGCACCCCUCCUACCCGAAUAAGGGCUUCUCCCGCUGAGCCUCAGUUUCCUCACUUUGCAGAAGCUGAGCACGCCUCGCACGGGGCACCGGGUGCCCUACCGCGCAGCCCUAUUGCCGGCGUUGUUGGUGGUGGUCGGGGGUGUCUCGGCGUUUGGGACGGGGCGGAGGGGGUUCGGCCCCAGACGGUGCGCGACUGACCCUCCCGCGCCCAGGGCCCCAGCGCGGGCCGGCAUGUUCGUCCUGGUGGAGAUGGUGGACACUGUGCGGAUCCCCCCGUGGCAGUUUGAAAGGAAGCUCAACGAUUCCAUUGCGGAGGAGCUGAACAAAAAGUUGGCCAACAAGGUCGUGUACAAUGUGGGGCUCUGCAUCUGUCUGUUCGACAUUACCAAGCUGGAGGACGCCUACGUGUUCCCAGGGGAUGGCGCGUCGCACACCAAAGUCCAUUUUCGCUACGUGGUGUUCCAUCCCUUCCUGGAUGAGAUUCUGAUCGGCAAGAUCAAAGGCUGCAGCCCGGAGGGAGUGCACGUCUCUCUAGGGUUCUUCGAUGACAUCCUCAUCCCCCCCGAGUCGCUGCAGCAGCCAGCCAAGUUCGACGAGGCCGAGCAGGUGUGGGUGUGGGAGUACGAGACCGAGGAGGGAGCGCACGACUUGUACAUGGACACCGGCGAGGAGAUCCGCUUCCGGGUGGUGGACGAGAGCUUCGUGGACACGUCCCCCACGGGGCCCAGCUCGGCCGAGGCCACGUCGUCCAGCGAGGAGCUGCCAAAGAAGGAGGCUCCGUACACGCUCGUGGGAUCCAUCAGUGAGCCGGGCCUGGGCCUUCUCUCCUGGUGGACGAGCAGCUAGCGGUGAGGACAGCAGCUGCUCCCACAGAUGCCGAGCAGCAGUGUGCGCCCCGCCAGCCUGGCCCCGUCCCUGCUGGAGCUGCCCCCAAACUCCCACCGUCUCUCUGGACCUCUGCCUCUUGGCAACAGCACAGACUUAAUAAACAGACGGCAUCGUCAGGGAAGAGCCA